GACUGGGCCAAUGGCCCAGUGAUUUCACCAUCUUUACCAGGCGCACACAUGGCGUUCGUUAGUGUCCACUGGAUAUGGCGUCACUUUGCACCGUCAUUCCGGCCACCCUCUUCCCCCAGCCUAUGGCUGUUCCCGCCAAAAAUCCGAACGUUCAUGGCACUAUUCUGCGCGCCCGUCGACUCUUAAUCCCAACAAAAACAUUUUCAAGGGCUCUUAAUGCAACACAACCUCAGAAAUACAUCUAUCCUGAACCCAUCUCAGAAUUUGCGGCGGCUGAAACCCUGAAAUUUAGAGCUGAGUUAUUGAAGAAACUGUCCAAGGAAAAAGAAACUUUUGGGAAUGACCUUCAAACUGUUGUCAACGUCUGUUCAGAGAGAUGGGCGCCAGGAUUUGGUCCGUCCAGUGAAGUUCAUUGAUCCUGAUGGCCUUGGCUGAUGUCUGUCAUGUCUCAUGGCCUGAAUUGUCAAUUUAUUCAUAAGUAACCUUAAGCAGGUAAUCAAAAAUUCCUUCUCGAAGUGUAUUAAUUUCAUUAUAGCAUUUUUUUUCCCUCUCAAUUGUGGAAAAUAAUUUUCGUUUUUCCUUGUCAGAUUUGUUGUUAUUUAGUAGUUUACUGCUUUCUGUGUACAAGUCACCAUACUCUCGUCUUUAUGUUUCUUGCAUCUAUAAUGCUAUGCAAAAGAGAAUCAAUACUUAACAAAUAUUUACAAAAUUACUGCAAAAAAAUGCUUAUUAACCUGAUCGUUCUUCUCCGAUGCAUGUUUUCGAGUUUCUGGCUCUUGACUGGAAAGCUGAUUGUCUAAAACAACAGACAACUGCUCACCAGAUUUGGGUUGGUUUUCCUUCAUCUUUUCUUUUCCUUCAUCUUUUCUUACUUUUUUGCUUUCAGCACUUUAAUUACAUCUAUAUGUCGAAAAGCAUAAUGUAAAACUUCCAUAUAAACCGCAAAAUCACAAGAACUAUUCAUAAACA